GAAAGUGUAAUUUAACAUUUUUUUUAUAAUUAAAUUGACUAGAUUUUAUAAUUAAAUUUAAUAAUGUCGUUGUACAGUGAUAUAACAAAGAACACUAAAAACGAAAAUGUCUGAUGCGAAUGAGAUAUCCACGAUCGCGGCUAUAAAAUGCAAACAGCAAGCAGUUCGAGCAGUACGUUUUAAUGUGGAUGGGUCCUACUGCCUAACUUGCGGAGCAGACAAAAAAAUUAAGCUUUGGAAUCCUUACAAUCAACUAUUGUUAAAAACGUACGGUGGACAUGCCAACGAAGUGUUGGAUGCAGCCGGAUCUUGCGACAACAGCCAAAUUGUAUCAUGCAGCUCGGAUAAGUCGGUGAUUCUCUGGGACGUUACCACCGGUCAGCCCAUCAGACGGUACAGGGGCCAUGCCAGUACAGUCUCGUGCAUAAAGUUCAAUGAGGAAUCAACAAUGGCAGUUUCGGGCUCAGUGGACAAUACUGUCGCUUUUUGGGAUGUAGUCAGCAGGAGACAGGAGCCAGUGCAAGUUUUAAAAGACGCGAAAGAUUCAAUAACAUCAAUACAAGUUACAGAUCACGAGGUUUUAACGUCGUCAGUAGAUUGUCAUAUGCGCUUGUACGACUUGCGAGUGGGCAAAAUGAUUUCUGACUACAUUGGGCACAUUGUGACAUUUGGUAGCCUGACACACGAUGGUCAAUGCUACGUCUUAAGCUGCGCAGACAAUACCAUAAGACUGUUCGACAAGGAAUCUGGGGAGAUACUCAAUUCUUUUACAGGACAUGAAAGCAAAGACUACUUAUUAGAGAAUGCAAUCAAUGAGACAGACAGUCAUAUUAUUUCGGGUUCAGCUUCAGGGGAAGUUUUUUAUUGGGACCUUGUGUCCAGUACAUGUACUAGGAAAUUAGUCCAUACAAGACUCAAACCUGUCAUAUCCCUCAGUCAUCAUCCCACUGAAAAUAAAUUGUUAACGGCUUGUGAAGAUGAAAUAAAAUUGUGGGGCAUCUCUGAAAAUACAGAAUAA